UAUUGUAUAAGGAAGAACAAAAGUUACUAUACAGUGACAAAGUAGAAACCAUAUUAUUGCUGCACCAUUCCAGUGUCAGACUUGAGCACGGCAGUCCUCGCUGGGCAUCAUUGUUGCAACAUUCUGUUAAAUGAGCUAAAGGAGUUUUGAGAAGGUGUUAUUCCUGUCUGUUUCCAAGCAACAUCAUGGUGAUCACUCUAGGUGUGUCUGCCAUGAUCUGGUGCAUCCUGCCAUUUCAUCCAGUGCAUGCUACUAUCCAGUGUACACACUCAAAUGAGACAACCUCACCCAUUACAAACUUGACGGUGAAUCUGAAAAAACUAGAGCUGACUUGGGACAGCAGUCUCAACUUUACCAAAUACCAAUGUACUCUGAAAACAAAAAACAGCUCUGUAGAAAAAAAGGAGAACAAGAAAAACUGCAUAUUUUCAAGGAAGCCUAUACAUGAAGGAGCAAUCUUUAGAGUUGAAGGAAACUAUGACAUGGUCUCAUAUUCAAGUGAAUGCACAUUUAUUCCUGAAGGUUUGAGUGGAACAUCGGUGGAAAAUUUUGCCUGUGUGAUUUACAAUGUUUCCUUCAUGAAUUGCACUUGGACUCCUGGCAGGAAUACUCCAGAAGAUACUCAAUAUUUUCUUUACCAGAAAUUCUCAAAGGAAGGUGAGAGGCAAUGCCAACAUUAUAUAAAAGAUGCACAUGGAAGACAUACUGGAUGUAGGUUUCAAGAUGUGGUGAUAAAAGACAAUAAUGUGGUUUACUUCCUGGUGAAUGGAUCCAGCAAAGAAUCAAAGAUUCAGUUUUAUGAUGAGUACAUCACGCUGUAUGAAAUUGAACUUCUUACCACUCCAACAAAUAUCACUGUAAACUGUGAAGAGCCACCCCGUUGUAUUGUGGAAUGGGAACCACCCCGCAGAAGCCAGAGAAAAGGAAAUCAGUGUUUUCAAUAUAACAUAGACAUACAAAGAAAAACAGCUAUGGCUGAUCCCGCAGAAAGGAGAGAUGAUUCUCCUACAAUCGUAAAUGAGAACACCUACAGAUUUGAAAAUUUUAAUGCAAAGAAAAAGCACUUCUUGAAAAUCAGAGCCCGUGGAUACAAUUGUCCCAUAAGUGAAAACUGGGGGGAAUGGAGUGAAACAAUUGAGUUUGAUGUCACAGGACCAACAGGUGGUAUCGGACACCAUGAGGCAGCGCAUCAGCUUGGCAUAGCGGCGGGAGACGCAGCAAGCAUGCAGGAUGCUCGUUGCUGGGUCCCAGGCUCCAAGCGUUCCCACGAUGAGCGCGUUGACCGUCAUGUCAUAGCCGUGGCCCCUCAGGAUGUCGGCCAGCAAGGCAUACUUCUCCCGCUUGCAUCAGUGAAGGCUUGGCGCCGGUUCUCAAAAGGGAUGGUAACAUCCAUGAUCACAACCUUCUUGGCCUCCUUGUUGGCGAUGAUGAUGUCAGGACGCAUCUGGCUCUCACAGCCCAGGACGGUGCGGUUCAUGGAGACCUCCCCCACUGCGGCCGGGAUGGCCCUCACCAGGUGGUCUGGACAGCGUUGCAACGGAGCUGCCAGGCUCUGGGGUGCGGCUCGCAGCUGCACAGCACGUGGGGGACGGUCUCUGCUGUGUAGCCGCACCAUCGGCAUCUCUUGUCCCACUGGCCAAAGCGGACAGCCCCAUUCAGAGGCAGGCAGUUGAGGCGGGCGCAGUGGAGGAAGUGCCAGUCCACGAAGCGCGUGAAGCUCCCACUGGGCAUGAAGUGGUUGCUGGAGUCCCACUUCGAAGCGACGUUGAAGAUCUUGCCCUGAUCGGGUUUGGCCCUCAGGUCGCUGGCGUGCUUGUUUCGGAUGGCGUCCUUCAGGAAGCUCUCCAGGAAGGUCCUCGUGCAGGGCGUCAUUGUCACGGGGUCACAGUAAAUUAGUUUAAUGCACAGUUUGCUAGUACCUGUAGAUACAGUUACUAGAUCAGGGGCGGGCAAUUAUUUUGGCUGGAGGGCUGGCUGCUUAAUGAGUUUUGGUGAGCUGUUGAGGACCACAAGGGUAGCCCUGCUGCUUGACAGGUGGCUCCACAUCCUGGUCACCACAUGGGGAUGAGAAGCACAGCCCAACUGGCCCACCUCUAUCAUGUGGGGCUCCAUGUGGCACACAUGCAGCUCUUGCACUCAUGCACCAUUGGAGGAAAGCCCCACAAGAUGGAGCCAGCUGCUCUGCCACUCCCUGCCAGGCAGGCCUUGAGACUCCAUGGUGAAGCAUGUGCAGCGCUAGCUGGAGUCACACACCUCUGGCAGUAGCACCUGCACUGGGCACAAGUACCCCAAGCACCCCGACUUGGUGCUGCUGCCACCACUGGUGGGGGCUCUGUGCCAUGGGUGGGGAAUGAGUAGGGGAUUCCCACACCUCCCGCCCCCCCCUUAAACCCACACCCUGCCACCCCAAGCACGGGCUCCGCACUGCUGCCAGCCCAAGUCCCACGCGCUGUGCUCCUGCCCAGGUGCAGCUUCCCUUCCCUUCCCUUCCUGCCCCCGCUCCUUCCCUAUCCGGUGCCUGGAGUGAGUGGGAUGCUGAAGAACCCGAGCAGGUCCCUCAGCAACUACAGCAGUGACAGCAGCAGCCCCGCUUGGAAGUUGCAUGCUGGCAGGGCUGGGCCCUUCUGUGCACAAGGGUGGGAGCGAGGUACAAUAGGGUAUGUUACAGGGGUGUGUGUAUAUGUGGAAUAGGCAAUGCAUUGGCUAGGGACAGGGGGACAUGUGCCCCCCCUGAAAUUGUCCCUCACUGGCUGGGGAGUGGGGAGCACUGGCUGGUGCCUCCCUGAGAAGCGCUAGCGGCAUUUCCAGUUUUGCCAGCAACAUUUCUGGGCUGCUGCCGGCGCUUCUGGUAUUGGCCACUGCGGGACCCCAGCCGGCGCUUCUGGGAUAGGCCACUGGUGCACCCCUAGAGCCAGAAGGCACCAGUUGCCCAUGAUAUGUGGGCAUCUCACUCCCACCCUCAUGGGCAGAAGUGUUGGGUGAGGUACAAUUAAUUGGUGGGCGCCCAUGGGCCAGAUGAAAUUGCCUGACAGGCUGGACCAAGCCUAUCGGCUGUAUUUUGCCUGCCCCUGUACUAGAUUAACCACAUAUUAGCUACUGCACAGUAGCGCAUGUGUAAACACUAACAGGUCCAAGGAGGUGAUACUUCCCCUUUAUACAGCAUCGGUCAAGCUGCAGCUGGAGUACUGCGUCCAGUUUUGGGCGCCACACUUCAGGAGGGAUGUGGACAACCUUGAAAGGGUUCAGAGGAGGGCCACUUAUAUGGUACGGGGCCUGCAGGCAAAACCUUACAAGGAGAGAUUGAGGGCCCUGGAUCUCUUUGGCCUCCACAAGAGAAAGCUGAGAGGUGAUCUUGUGGCCUCCUACAAAUUCAUCAGGGGAGGGGAAAACAAGGAAUAGGAGAUGCUUUGUUUACCAGGGCACCCUUUGGAGUAACUAGGAACAACAGCCACAAACUGACAGAGCACAGGUUUAGGUUAGACAUCAGGAAGAACUUCUCUACAGUAAGGGUUGCCAAAAUCUGGAAUGGGCUGCCAAGGGAGGUAAGUGCUCGUCACUUGGGGGUCUUUAAAAGGAGGCUAAACAUGCACCUUGCUGGGAUCAUCUGACCCCAGCGCUUUCCUGCACAGAGCAGGGAGUCGGACUCGAUGAUCUACUAUAGUCCCUUCUGACCCAAACAUCUGUGAAUCUAUAUAACAGAGAGCAAAUCUGCCCCUAAUUGUGACACCAGCAAGGGGCUAGCCUUGUACCUGGGGCAGAGUCACAUGGCUAGGAUGCCUCUGUAGCUGGCUCAGACUGGUCUCCAGAUGCCUGACCUGAGCCCCCGGGGCCUAUGCCCCUAGUUGUUGCCUGUCCCCAGGUACCAUGUCCAUCUGCUGUGGGCACGGGCCAGGUGCAGCAGUGUUGCAGACCCUGGCUCUUCCUCCUGGGGCCUGUGUCUCCACUGCCUGGCCCCCAAGCACCAUGCCUCUGCUAUGGGCACGUGGCAAGCCCUGAUGGCACCCAGAGUCCCUGCCUGAGGCCUUGAAGCUCUUGGCAGCACAAUCUCCAGUCUGGGGCUGCCCGCAGGACUAUGUUCUUCAAGCAACAGCUGGACUGCAUCCUGGCUACAAGGGACCCUAGUGAGGGCCGAGAGAGCACGAGGGAUAGCUCUUCCUGCUUGUUCCCCAUACUCCUAGCAUUGGUUUACAGGCAGCUGAGGCCCCCAAAUGACACCCUUGAUUUCCUGAGAUGCUAUGGGAGAACCGUUCUGUUAACAUUUUCAAAAACAGUUAUCUUAGUGGACUCCACGUGGGAGUUUUCCUGUGUGCCAGUCCCCAGGCCUGCUCCACUUGGAGUUUCCCCACCCCCCCAGUCAGUUUAAAGCCCCGUUCAGGAGAUCAGCCAUCCUGGCUGAGAACAGGGACUUACCGCUCCACA